GUAAUCCUUUCAAGCAAAGCCACUUAAUAUUCCAUCCUGCAGGCCGUAUUCUUCCCCCAAGAUAUAUUGUUUGUCUAUCUUGCACCAUGAUUCUGGGAGACUUCUCUGCUUGUAUAUUCAUGGAUGGCCAGGAGCUUCCAGAGUAUGAUAUCGUCGUUUCCAGUACGCCAACAGAGAACAGAAUAACGUGUUGGAUCGCGUCAACUGCAGGCAAGAAAUUUCAAGUCAGCGCGAAAUUUUUAGCCCGGCAGACCUCGGGAGCCUUAUUAACCGUCUUCGUUGACGGUAUUACCUGUCGUCCAUACGUCAUGCCUCCGGGCUGGACUGGUACACAGAACAUAACGCAUCUGAGCAAUAGUUAUGUUAAAAGAGAUUUCAUGUUCUCCCAACUUGAGCUUACUGAUGACGACUCAAUGCUCGAUGAUCGAAGCGCAAAUGAUAUAGGUCAAAUUAUGAUGGAGGUAGUGCAGGGGAAGUACACCAUGAAAGAACAAGUAAUGGGUUCCCAUAACGUGAACGACCGUACCCUUCGUGUGCGGGAAGGCAAGGUGCAUGAACGCGCCAAGAAGGCAUGCCCUCAUCGUGUUGUCUUCGGAGAAGAAGUACCCGAUCAAAGCCCAGUAUCAGCCUUCAAGAUUAUACCAGACAAUAGUCCAAAGACUGUCUUCGUAUUCAAGUACACGCGCUUGGACAUCCUGCAAGCAAUGGGAGUAGCACCACGUACAUCAAUCAUGGCAGACACAGAGGCAGAGAUGGAGGAUCAUGACGAUGACAAUGAAGUCAUGGAUGGGUCUGAUGAGUCCUUGCCCUCAGAUGAUGUCAAACCACUGGCAAGGAUUCGAGAGCUAGAGAUGGAGCUUCAGCGCUUGCGUGCACAAGUAGAAGAUCGGAAGCCCUCGCUUGUCAAGUUGGAACACGGGGGAUCGCGACGGAAACCCGCUGCUAUGGAGGUUAUUGAUCUCACUGAGGAUUAGCUUCUCUUUUCUUGGGUUCAGGUCCUCCGUUCUGAGGUAAGCAAUCAAAUUCCCAGUGUGAUGGACACCACCAUGCAUUUUCUAGGAACUCGAUUAUCUGCAAGAUGAAACACGCUACAUCAAUAGUUUCUGUGUGGUUCGAAAUCAUCAUCACUAUGAUGUAUGUAUGUACAUUGUAUAGGUGCAGAACUUUGAAAGUCUGUCGCCACGAGUCCUGACGUUACGCUUACGACUCGAAUAAUACUUUCUUGUACCGUUAGUACUACGCCUUGUUCUAUAACCACUGUAUAAUGACAUUCCAAGUCGUAUAUAGACUUCAUAUAAUAACAGCUCGCACUCCGAGGUUUCAGAAGUUCAAA